AUGCGAGGUUCUAUCCUCGCCUAUCUCUGGGGCACCGCCCACCUAGCAACAGCGGUGCCCCACGACACGCAACACGUCCUCGCGCCGGCCCCCGACAUUCCGAGCGUGUGGCCCCAACACGGCGAUUACACUGUUCCCGAUGAUGUCCUGGCUGUGCUGAACGAGUAUUCAGACCCGGUCGCGGCCUUCGUUGCUCUUCAACCUGAAGCCGAAGCGGUCUUAGCUGAGCCUCGCCUCUUGCAGGUUAUCGGCGAAUCGAAGCCAGAAUGGAUGACCGAGGGAGAUAAGCUGCGUCUGCGGAGACAGGUGAAGAAGUUCAUAGAUAUCACUGAUCAUGCGGAGUUCUAUGCGGAGCUGGUGCAUGAGGCGUCGGCUGGAAAGCCAAAUCUUCCUGAUCUAGUACAUGAGUCGCUUGUCCGGCCUCUAUUCCCUAAGGUUGACACCGGACGAAUGCUCGGUGUCCUCGAGCACAUGACCGGCUACUACAACCGCUACUUCGAUGACAUCUAUGGAGAACUAAGCUCGGAGUGGCUUCAUGACCAUAUUGCCCAGAUCAUCGCCAAAUCUCCCCAUCGCACCCACAUCUCACUGGAAUAUUUCACCCACCCUUUCCGCCAAUCAUCCAUCAUCGCACGCUUCGAGCCCAAGGUCCGCAAUUUCUCCGCGCCGUUGACCAUCCUCGGCGCGCACCAGGACUCAGCCAACUAUCUCUUCCCGCUCCUUCCUGCACCCGGCGCGGACGAUGACUGUUCCGGCACCGUCAGUAUCCUCGAGGCAUUCCGGAUUCUGGCUGAGACUGGGUAUACCCCCAAGAAUGGCCCGGUCGAGUUUCACUGGUAUGCUGCCGAAGAAGGGGGAUUGCUGGGUAGUCAGCAUAUUGCCCGGUACAAGAAAGAGCAGGGGGCGCGGAUUGGGGCGAUGAUGGAAUUUGACAUGACAGCCUUCAUUUCUCGGAACGCAACUGAGACUAUUGGCUUUAUAGCAACUCAGGCAGAUGACGCGCUCACAAACUGGACAGUGGGCCUGAGCAAGAAGUACAUCUCGAUUCCUGCCAAGGUCUACGAACUUCCCGGGGGGGCUGGCUCGGACUACAUGUCUUACACGCAACUCGGUUACCCGGCUGCUUUUGCUUCUGAGGGAAACCCCAAGGCUGGCGGCUUUCCGGGCGAAUUCGAUCCGUAUGUUCACGGAGUGUGCGACACUAUGUGGGUUGACGAUGAAACGGGCUAUUUCUCAGUUGAUCAUAUGGCACGAUUCACAGAGUUGGCGAUCGCCUUUGUGGUAGAGCAGUCUGGGUGGGAUAACAAAUGGAGAUAA